AUGGGAAACGGGAACUUUUUGUUUCGGCUUCGCCUCACUUCAUCGUGGGCCGGUUUAACUGUCGCGAUUUACGACCUCACCAACGAGACACGGUGGGCAACUGAGCCAAGUUCGAGGCCCGGCAUGCCUGGGGGAGGUUCCGGAUGGCCGGGAGACGUUGUGGUGGGUGCGUCUGGAAGGGCUCCGAUUGGAGGAAGCACUGGCGCCAAUCGACAAGUCUGUCCUGCCGAUCCGGAGGCGACAACACCUGACAGGUCAGACAGGAUACCGUCUCGACGACCAGGCCCCAGCGCCCACCCCCCGGCAGUGCUGGCUCGGGUCUUCCGGACGGAGACAACUUAUGCCUUAACCGGUAAGGCGUUGGUACCAGUUGUGACCGGUUCGCCCGGCUACACUAAAGGCUACAGCACAAAAGCUGUAUCUACCACCUCGACGAAUCGGCCCACAAUCACUCUGACUCUGCUGAGUCAGUGGGCUGUCGGUAGACGCUUCUCCCCCCCCCUCUCUCACCGGCGUCCGAGACAGACUCGGAGACGCCAAAAACGGCCCAAUGGUGCCAAUCGAUCAUGUCGUAUCUUCUGCCACAAAAGACUUGUCCCUUUUCCUGGUUCUCAUACAUCAACUGUCAAAUGA